AUGGGUCCCAAGGAUUCUGACCAGCCUGCCGUCAAGCCUUCUGAAGAUAGCAGUCACGUUGAACAUGUGGUGGGAAAUGUAGAAGGGGGCGAGGUCCUGGAGACCAAGUAUGCUUCUCUCGGGAAAUGGGAGGUGGCCAAAGUCUUCUGGAGGACUACCAUCUUCUGCUUGAUCCUGAAUUGGGCAGCCCUCAACGAUGGGUUCCAGCAGCAGGUUCCCGGCAACGUCAUUCCCAUGCAGGCUUUCAUCAACCAGAUGGCCGACACGACCCUCGACGGCGAACCGGCUAUUAGCGCCAAAGUCAUAUCGUAUUGGCAGGGCUUUGCGGAAAUGUCCAAGACUCUGGGCAUGUUUACAGCGGGCUACUUCGCUGACCGCUUCGGCCGAAAGCCAGCCAUGAUGGGUGCUAUCGUGAUUCUGCUCGGUGGCUCGGUUGCCCAGAUCACAGCAUUCGACUGGAAGAGCUGGCUCGGAGCUGCCGUGCUCGUCCGUUUGGGCGUUGGUCUGGCUCAGUCCAUCCUCGUCACUUACGUCUCUGAGCUAUCGCCGUUCCAGAUUCGAGGCUUGAUGAUUGGUGCCUACCAGCUCUUCAUCGCCUUGGGUCAGCUCAUUAGUGCCGUCGCUACUCAGCUCGUUGAUGUUUACCAGCCAACCAAGUGGAGGCCUUUGAUCGCUACCGAGUUCAUCUUCACAGGAGUCCUCGUCAUUCUGAUCUUUUUUGUCCCCGAAUCCCACCUCUACCACGCUCGAAAGGGCGACCAUGAGAAAGCAAAGAGCUGUAUGAUCAAGCUGUAUGGGACUGCGCCCGGCUAUAAUGUGGACCACGAGUAUCGUGUUAUCCAGCAUGGUCUCGAGGCAGAAAAGCGGUUCAACGAGACAGUCAAGGAGUCGUCCUUCUUGGAAAUCUUCCAGCGUGCUCACUGGCGCAGGACAUUCGCAGGCUGCUUGGGUAUUUGCAGUCAGUGGGCUGCGGGUGCCCCGAUCGUAUUCGGGUAUUCGACAUAUUUCUUCAAAGUUGCGGGCCUUAAAGACCCGUUUGUUGUUACCAUUAUUACUUUUGUUCUCCUCAUCGUCACUAUUUCCUUGUCACUGAUUGCAUGCGAGUAUAUCGGACGUAGGCCCCUUCUUAUUGGUGGAUGCUUCUUCAUGAUGGUCUUCAAUGUCGGACUUGGAACGACCGGCUUCUUCAAAUCAGACGCAUCAGAUAAGGCUGCUCUUGCCUUCUUGUUGCUUUGGGUAAUCUGCUACGGCUGCUCAGCUGGACCCAUUGGCUUCGUCGCAGCCGGGGAAACCUCGACUCCUCGUCUCCGAGCUCAGACAACGUCCUUCAAUCUGGGCUGUUAUGGCAUCGGCUUUGUUGCCUUUCAGUGGUCCGUUUCGUACAUGAUUAGCCCUGAUGCAGGAAAUAUGGGCAUCAAGGCCGUCUAUGUAUGGGCUGGCAUGUUGGUUCCUACAACGAUCCUGUUGUGGUUCUUCUAUCCUGAGACUUAUGGCCGAACCUACUGGGAGCUCGACGAGCUUUACGAGCGAAAGAUCCCCGCCUGGAGGUUUAAGAACACUAAGACUCUCAUCGAGGAGAACGGCCACAAGGAUAAAGCGGUCAUGUCUGGCUAG